CGUCACUCGCGCGCACCGCGACGAAUCGACCAUAUGGCCAUCCAUCAGCUCAGCUUCGUGCUCCUCCUCAUGCUGCUCGCGCCGGCGACGUCGCGUGCCCGCGACAGCAUCGCGCCGGGCGAGCCGCUCGCGGGCCACGACACGCUCGUCUCUGCCGGCGCCGGCGACGGCGGCGGCUUCGCGCUCGGGUUCUUCACCCCGCCGGGAUCCAACGACACCUACGUCGGGGUGUGGUACGCGCGGGUGUCCCCCCGCACCGUCGUCUGGGUCGCCAACCGCGCCGACCCCGUCCCGGGCCCCGUCGACGGCAACGCCGGCGCCACGUUGUCCGUGUCCCGCGCCUGCGAGCUCGCCGUCGCCGACGCCAACUCCACCGUCGUGUGGUCGGUCACGCCGGCGACGACAGGGCCCUGCACGGCGAGGAUACGGGACGACGGCAACCUGGUCGUCACCGACGAGCGCGGCCGGGUGGCGUGGCAGGGGUUCGACCACCCCACCGACACGCUGCUCCCCGGGAUGAGGAUUGGGGUGGACUUCGCCGCCGGCAACAACAUGACGCUGACGGCGUGGAAGAGCCCCUCCGACCCGUCGCCGAGCUCUGUGGUCGUGGCCAUGGACACCUCCGGCGAUCCGGAGGUGUUCCUCUGGAACGGGCCGAACAAGGUGUGGCGCUCCGGCCCCUGGGACGGCAUGCAGUUCACCGGCGUCCCGGACACCAUCACCUACAAGAACUUCAGCUUCAGCUUCGUGAACAGCGCCCGGGAGGUCACCUACAGCUUCCAGGUGCCCGACGCGAGCAUCAUGUCGCGGCUGGUGCUGAACAGCAGCGGCGGCGGGCUGGUGCAGCGGUGGACGUGGGUGGAGGCGGCGGGGGCGUGGAACCUGUACUGGUACGCGCCCAAGGACCAGUGCGACGCCGUGUCGCCGUGCGGCGCCAACGGGGUGUGCGACACCAACAGCCUCCCCGUGUGCUCCUGCCUCCGCGGGUUCGCGCCGCGGUCGCCGGCGGCGUGGGCGCUGCGGGACGGCCGCGACGGGUGCGCGCGGGAGACGCCGCUCGGUUGCGCCAACGGCACCGACGGGUUCGCCGUGGUGCGGCACGCCAAGGCGCCCGACACGACCGCCGCGACGGUGGACUACGACGCCGGCCUCCAGCUGUGCCGGCGGAGGUGCCUGGGCAACUGCUCGUGCACGGCGUACGCCAACGCCAACCUCAGCGCGCCGCCCGGGCGCCGCGGCUGCGUCAUGUGGACCGGCGAGCUGGAAGACCUUCGAGUGUACCCGGCCUUCGGCCAGGACCUCUACGUCCGCCUCGCCGCCGCCGAUCUCGAUUCAACAAGCAAGUCUAAGAAGAAGACGCACAUUAUAAUUGCAGUAGUUGUCAGCAUCUGUGCGCUGGCAAUUAUUUUAGCCCUUACUGGGAUGUACAUUUGGAGAACAAAGAAGACAAAAGCAAGGCGACAAGGACCAAGUAACUGGAGUGGUGGUUUACACAGUAGAGAGCUCCACAGUGAAGGAAAUAGCCAUGGGGAUGACCUGGAUCUGCCUCUAUUUGAUUUGGAGACAAUAGCAUCAGCCACAAAUGGUUUCUCAGCAGACAACAAACUUGGAGAAGGUGGCUUUGGGCCAGUAUACAAGGGUACACUAGAGGAUGGGCAAGAAAUAGCAGUUAAAACACUUUCAAAGACGUCAGUACAGGGUCUUGAUGAGUUCAGGAAUGAGGUUAUGUUGAUAGCUAAACUCCAGCAUCGAAAUCUUGUUCAACUUAUUGGCUACAGCGUUUGUGGACAAGAAAAGAUGCUUCUAUACGAAUUUAUGGAAAACAAAAGCCUGGACUGUUUCCUGUUUGACAAAUCCAAGAGCAAGCUACUUGACUGGCAAACAAGAUACCACAUAAUCGAGGGGAUUGCCCGAGGUUUGCUGUAUCUUCACCAGGACUCAAGAUAUAGAAUCAUCCACAGAGACCUGAAGACAAGCAACAUUCUUCUGGAUAAGGAGAUGACUCCUAAAAUUUCAGACUUUGGUAUGGCAAGAAUGUUUGGCAGUGACGACACGGAAAUAAAUACAGUUAGAGUGGUUGGCACAUACGGCUAUAUGGCCCCCGAGUACGCAAUGGAUGGAGUAUUUUCAGUGAAAUCAGAUGUAUUCAGUUUCGGCGUCAUAGUGCUAGAAAUCAUUUCUGGUAAAAGGAACAGGGGUGUCUACAGCUACUCCAGCCACCUAAACCUUCUAGCACGUGCAUGGAGCUCAUGGAGUGAAGGGAACAGCCUCGAUCUCGUCGACAAAACACUGAACGGCUCAUUCAACCAAGAGGAAGUGCUAAAAUGCCUCAAAGUGGGGCUCCUAUGUGUCCAGGAGAACCCGGACGACCGUCCUCUCAUGUCCCAGGUGCUCCUGAUGCUGGCCAGCGCCGAUGCCACCUCAUUGCCAGAUCCCAGGAAGCCUGGGUUCGUCGCAAGAAGAGCUGCAACGGAGGACACGUCGUCGAGCAGACCAGACUGCAGCUUCGUGGACAGCAUGACCAUCACCAUGAUCGAGGGCAGGUAGGAAUAUAGGAUCGGAGUCGGAGCGCGACAUUGUACUGAAGAUUACUAGAACGCCUUUGCCUUUGCAUUUUACUAGGUAUUCUGUGUAGAAUCAUAUAUAGUCUUGUGAUUGAUUAACCCUAGCACUGAGUUGCGAAUUCAAUCCCACCCAAAUAACCAGAAAUCGAGAUGCUACAACCA